AUGGAUAUAAAUACAGCUGAUAUCCACGACCUUUAUCAACUACAAGACCAACCAGUCAGAGUGGAGGUGCAUAAAGCAACGAAUGGUCAAGAUGUUUAUGGAAAUGUGUACACAGUGGAUCCGGACACACGAAAUUUGGUGGUAGCACAGUUUACUGAAGCUGAAAAAGGUAAGGUUUGUAAAAUACGAUACGGCAUUCGUUGGUUAUUGAGAUUUUGGAUGUUGUAGUAGACAUGAUGUUGAUUGUGUUUUUAUGGCUUUGAUAUACUAAAAGUCUCUGAGUUUUUUAAGUUUGUAACUACUGAACAUGAAAAAGGUAAGGGGUUGUAAAAUACGGCUCAAUUUUUCCUGUUUUCUGAGUUUCUCAAUGUUGUAGUAGGUACUUGAUGUUAUCCUAGACCUUUUUGAGCAUUUUCAUUCAAAAAUCUUCUAAACCAAUCGAUAUAUGAAUUUUCAGAAUCUCCAUCAUCUCUCACCCUAAUCCCAGCAUAUUCGAUAAAAUCCGUCCACAAAUUGUCGAAAAACGUCCAAAUAUCGACCGUCUCCCAUGGUUCAGAAGAUCUGAUAGAGAAAAUCGACGAUAUGCUGAACAAAACUGGAGAAGUGUCAUCACAAGUGAUAGAAGAAAGGAAACAGAAACUGAUCGACCACAUGAAGUCGACCAAAGUGCCAUUCGAAGAAGUUGAAGGCGGGCUAAAGGUGGGCGCAGUCGUAAUCGAACCACCUUAUACGAAAGACAAUUUGGUGUCGGAAAACAUGGUCGCCAUCGCAAGAAUUCAAAAACUAUUGGCCGUAGUGCUUGUAUAA